GGUCCAGUAUACACAGUAUAGUAUAGUACAGGGUAAUACCUUAUAGCUUAUACGCUGUGCAAGCCAAUAAGAAAUAGCUUUCGAGAGACUUUAAUUAAUAGUGGGUAGACUGUACCUACCGUAACCUUAACCAGAACUAGCGUGCAAAAAGAUUCUAUUGCUGUUUGCUCUGAAGAUGUCCUUCGAUGAACUAAAGGAAAAAGGAAACAAUUGCAUCAAACUGAAAAACUAUACACAAGCAAUCGAUUUCUACACAACAGCGUUGGGAGCCGACCCAUCAAGUCAUGCUGUGUACAGUAACCGAAGUCUGGCCUACAGUGGCGUAGGCAACUUCGAGAGAGCAUUGCAAGAUGCCACAAAAUGUCUAAAUCUAGUACCGACAUUUGCGAGGGGUUAUCUCCGUAAGGCAGUUGCACUCACUGGACUUGCAAAAUACGACGAUGCCAUGGUUGCUGCUCAGGAAGGCUACAAGCUACGUGGUAGCGAUGCAAUAUCGCGUGAUUGUGUGGCACAAUGGGUGAAAGUGAACCAAAUAAUUCAUGAGUCUCUGGUUGAACAGAAGUUUCCUGGAGCACUUCAGCUCGUGCCAAGUGGAUGUUUAGUCCUCUCAGAGAUAUAUCUUGAUGCUUUUCUUGAUAUACUUAUCUACCGAUCUAAUUUAAACAAAGAAAUAGAGCCAGUUAUCAAAAACCUUUACCGAAUCACCACUGAGCUUGAUCGCAUCUUGCACCUUUUUGGACACUCCGCAUGUCCUUAUCAGCAAUCGUGGGUUGAAUGCCUUAACGAGGCUGCUAAGAUAAAUCCAUCAACAGCACGAGUACCCGUGAAAACUGUCACUUCCCUCUUAUCAAAUUCAGAUGAGUUUGCUACAUGGUUGCAUACAUCAGUGGAUCCUAUCCUUUACCCGAUUAUUUGCCCCAUCAUUAGCCUUGUUCUGGUAGCUGUUACCGUGCGCAGCAUCACACUCAAUACCAUCAAUCUCGACUCGCAUGUAAACCAAGUGGCGUGUCAAGCAUGCCUUCCAUUUUUUGAGAAGUCACUUCUGGCGUCUGAAAAAUAUGCAGAGCAACUUCUGGGUAUUUACAAGGAGUUUCUUGAAGCAUGGGCUAUGAUUCCUGUUGCAUUCACAAAAAAAGAGGUUUCGUUUCUUGAGCAUUCUAUCAAAAAAGUGGAAGAAUACGUAAAACGCUGCCCUAAACGACUUGAGUCAUACAAGGAACUCGUCAUGGUGUCGAUUGCUCUAGCUCAAAUACGGCUUGGAAAGGAGCCUGGAUUUGACCCUGUGUCAUAUGCUCCUGAGCAUGGAAAGGCAGUAAGCAGAAUGGUAGGAACAUCACCUGACGAAGUUGCAGAAUUCGUUAAAGAGAGGCUUGAGUACCUGGAAGCUACAGUGCGCUCUCCACUGGGCAGCCCACUUCCCUUCGUUGGUCAAGAUGCUCAGGAUGUUCUGUUUUGCAUUGAUAGACUGCUGAAACUUGGUAUGCGUGAAAUGGCAGUAGAAGCAUUCCAGCUAGCUGAGUCAGCCUAUCUACGGCUUUUCCAAGAGCAAAUCAACAGCAGCAGCUUUAGCUUCGAUGAAGCUGGGAUGAUGUUUCACACAGCUCAAAGUAUCCUUCUUAUGAAUGUGAAAGCAUUCAUUGGUACAGAAGAUAGCCUAGUUGCUGAUGUAUUGGUCAGGUGGAAAUGCAUUUACUCAGAAUUUCGUACUAUGCUGAUUCGAUUUGGAAUAGGAAGCAAGUAUCUCGAAACCUUCCAAGCCAUUGAACGAAUGGAUCUCUCUGAGCAGCAACUUGGAAAUGAUGCCAUAGUAGCAAUUGCCGAGGAACACAAGAAGGAGAUGAACCGAGUUGUUUUGGAAAUGGGCCAGCAAGUUAUUCUCUGCCUGCUGCGGCAAAACUAUGUGCAACUUCAAUCGGUAUUGGAACCUGAUCAGCUUGUUCUUGAAUAUCUUCUAGAUAUGAGAGAAGGUGAAUCCAGUGACCCACAGGCCCAUGAAGGCUUCUUAGUACUACAUCAACCUGAAGAAGAUCCAAUAGUCCGACCUGUCGACCCUCAGAUUAUUUUUCCACUGUGCAAGAAAUGGUCUGAAAUGCUCUCCAAUGUCAAAGACGAACAGGCUAGUAAGACAGUUGCUUGUGAUCUUAGCAAGCUGUUGCUUCCUCCUGACGUGUGCAAGAUAAUUAGCAAAUCAGAAACAAAGCGGCUAUUCAUUUGUCCAGAUGGUGCACUGUGUGUUUUGCCACUUGAGUUCUUGCCACUUGAAGAUGGGCAACUGCUUUCCGAGAAAUGCAACACCGUCUACCUCUCUUCGGCAAGAGAACUUCUUCGAGAGAUGUUUAUAGCGGCUAUUCCUAGAGGUCAGAAUAUCUUGGGCCCUAGUUCUAAAGAAUCAGAGAUAAAACAAUGUAUUAUUUUUGCGAACCCAAAUUUCAAUCUGGAAAAGCCAUUAUCGGAAAAUGAUUCUGUGUUUUGGGGGAUAGCUUCUAGUCUUACUUCGUUUUUCUCAUCACCUUUACCUGAAAAACCAAUGGUCCCAAUGCUGCCUGGUAGCCAGCAAGAAGCUGAUGAAAUCUGUGCAGUCCUCUCUGGUGCUGGUGCUCCACUUGUGGUUUGUACUCACUUCUUAGAUGAUGCCACCUUGAGCUCAGUCUUAGGUGUCAAAUCUCCUUUCAUUCUUCACUUUUCAACACAUGGUUUCUCCUUUCCCAAGCCCAGAGGCGUUCGCAGUUCUUUUUUAGAUGACAUAGAAACUGGUCUUCGCCUGGCUGGUGCAAAUACAUAUCAGGCUGGAAAUCUAUCACGAAUUCAUCCAUUUGCUGGUACAGGAACAUUGACAUCUCUUGCAGCUUGUGGAAUGGAACUGAGUGGCACACGUCUUGUGUACCUUUCGACUUGUGUGUCCUCUCAUGGUUUCUAUUCUUAUGGAGAAGCAAUCAAUAGUAUAGCUCAAGCGUUUCGUUCUGCUGGUGCUCAAACCGUGAUUGCUACCCUCUGGCCUUUAGCUGAUGACAGCGCUGCUAGAUUUUCAUUUCAUUUUUACCAGGAAGUUUGCAAACCUGGUGUCCCACCCUCUCACGCUCUUGCACAUGCGAAAAGGAUGAUGAAAAUGGAGUCAUCGUAUGACCAUUGGUUUUUCUGGGGAACAUUCGUAUGCAUUGGCCUGGACAUGCCACUCUUUCCUACUGCACAUAAUAGCUAGUAUUUAGUCUGAUAUUCUAAGUUGACAGUUUAGUUUCAUUAUUGUAACAGAGUUAACUGUGAGCUGUUUGUGUUAGUAUCAUAGAUAGAAGAUGUCAUGUAUAUAUACAUGGGAUUUGACGAUUAAUUGUGCAGUGAUUGUUUGUUUUUUGUUGAUGUGAUGUUAUGUAACAGUUCUUGAUGUUUAAUUAUAAAACUUUUUCUUUCUGUAUGUUCUAGCUGUAGAACUAAUAAUAGAUACUUUCUUGGUUUAUUUUUCCUUGGCUAUGUAUAAUUAUAUUCAAUUCCACAUUAUAAUUUAAUAAUUUAUGUAUAGUAUGACAUUUCUACUAACAGAAUUUCUGUCUCUUUUUCUACGUUAUUAUAUGAGGCUGAACAGUGAUAAAUGAUAUGAACAGUGAUAAAUUGAAGUGAGUUCAAAACCGUUAGGAAGAAUGAAAGCACCGUGGGUGCUGAUGCCUCGGUGUAGGCACCAAACCUUUAUUAAUUAGGCUACCAACAUAGAACUUAUAGUUUCCCAUCCUGAGCGUGCAUGCUUUUUCAACUUCCCACUUUCCAUUAUUGACCUUUGUACCCUUUAUUCAUUAUGAUAUCAACAAGGCCCUGUGCAUGGCAAGAAAGAUGUCAGGCAAAAUUGGGUUGUUUCAUGUAACCAUAGAUUGAAGAGAGGGAUUGGCAACAGAGGCAGUUCACGUGAUGCUUUUACAUAUUGAAUGCACAGAUGGACCUGAAACCAUCCGUGUUUCGCCUCUAAAACUGUUGCGAAAAUUAACGUGGGAACUUAUUGUAUCAAAUGCAUGUUUCCAAUGACCCCUCCAACACUUUAAACAUAAUUAUACCCCCUGAUGGUGAGUAUUAUUUGGAAAUGAAGAACGCAUAAUCAUGAUUGUCGUGAAGUAGCUAGAGGUACACAGAGCACGUUUUCAUGCUUGUGUUCCUAUAGCACCUAUAUAGCUAAGGUAAUUGUUGCAUUUUGAGUGGGCAGAUCAAGGAAACACUGUGCCAAUAUCUGCCAUAUGGCACAGGUCAGACGGUGAACUGUGCCAAUAUCUGGAUACUGGCAUAGUGUGGCUUAAGUUACCUAAAGCCCACCCAGUAACCUGAAACGGUUCCUUUUAUAGUAUAACACCGUUGCAGUUACUUGUGGUUUGCAUUAAGUAUUCAUGACUUCCGGUGAAUUAUACUUUAAAAUCAUUUUUGAAUCAUAACAAUUGGUUUUCAAUAACAAGAACCAUCAAGCACACAUAACAUAAUAACAAUCACUGUUUUUGGACAAAUUUGUACAUUGAAAGUGCAGUUUUCACCUGAGUUGUCAAAAGAAAUUUUAUUCGGAUUUCCAGAGCUAGUGAGUCUGCUAGUCUCUUCUUUUGCAAUGACAUUGAAGUCCUGUUUAGAAGAACAAGCAAUGAUAUCAGACACUGACUGUUUUUGUUCCAUGGAAGUAUGUUCAUACACUCGUAGACCUUCUGUACUGCGAUGACCAGUGUACGUUCAGCUUACUAACUUCUCUGGAACAUUUGCAGCGAACAAUCUUGUGGCACUAGUAGCGAAUCCAAAUCUAGAGCCAUCGCUCACAUAGUCAUAGCUCACUAGCCACUAGUAGCUGAACUGGUUGCAAGAUAAAUCUAGUUUCUUAACUAGUGUUACAAGCUUUUACAGACCAUAUAUAUAUGGAUUUAGAUCAUGUUUGCCAUAAAUACUGCAAUUUGAUUGGCUAAAGAAAGUGUUCUAUCCAACUUAGAAAAUCAUGUACUUAUUUAUAAAAUCAUGUACUUCACUUAGAAAAUCAUAUAGCAAAGAUUAGAUAAGAACAUUCAAAUCUGAUUGGCUAAAUACUCACGGUUGCUAUGAUCUAAAAUCUUAGACACUGUUUAGGAAGUUUCCACAUAAUUUAGAAGUCCUCAGGGCUAGUAGAACCCUCACUGCGUUCGGGAUACUACAACCAGCCCUUUGGGCUUCUAAAUUAUGUAGAAACUUCCUAAACAGUGUCUAACUAUUAUACAGGAUGCAACAAAUCAGUUGUUAUACACCCAGCACUCGUGCGCACAUGGGAUAUAUUGGCUCAGUAGUGACGUAGGCCCGAGGGCCGCACUCGUGCAUGUGUCACAACUAUAACGUAGUGUGCUGUGUCCUUAAUGGCCACAAAAAUGAGGUGAAGUUGAUGUUUAGCAGCAGAACUGCUCAUAAACCUGUAACCAAUCCUAGCCAUUAACGAACGGAAUAUUUGGCACAGGCGGCAUGUCUAGUGGCGUUAAAUACAGAAGGUUAGCCGAGGUCAAAGUGCACUAAUUGACUUAAUAAUGCCAUACCAUGCAGAGGAACGAAGAAAGGAGCUCUUAUAUAGAGGCUACCACUGGCACUAUCCUGGAAGGGCGGCUGAUUCAUGAGACUAUUAUGAUGAUAAUUUAUAUUGUAUUCCUGCAACGUUUUGCAAGCUUUUGUAUACAUGCUAUAGUUAUAGUACAAGCAAUGAGCAUUGACUGUUUUGCUGUGAGCAUUGACUGUGAAACUAUACUAUACUCUUUACAGGACCAUGAUGCAUUCAAAGAAGAAUUCUCUACCGCCUCUAGCUUGCCAAUGGGAAAACAACCAGCACCAUCAGAAGGAUCCAGAGCCAAUAAAGAGCCCAAAGCAUCAAAUUAUGAACCAGGUGCAGCGCUUCAAGAGCUAAUGAGUAGACACAGUGUGGAACAAAUACAAAUAAACUGUGAAAUUCCGGCAGCUCAUUUUUCUCUCUUGUCUGGCCAUUUUGACAAUGUGGAGUUGCUUCUUGAUAUGAUGGGACUGAAUAAUGCUGAU